AUGUCAAAUAACCCAGUGGUUGGACGUUCUGAUACGAUAACUAGAAGUGGAGAUGCGCCAGAAGUAUCGAAUCUCGAUCUUUUCAUGGAGUUUUUAAAUUGCGUUAUGGCAAAAGAUUUUCGACAAGCUAUAACUCUUGCUAAGCAGAUACUAGAAUCGGAACCGAACAACGCACAGAUUCGUGACUUUUUGCCGCUGCUAAAUGAUGCAGACCACAUGAAAUCAGCUGGUGUCUUCCAUUCAGUCACUGAUGAUUCUGACUCAGAACUUGUAGAAGAAGAGGAUGCUGAAAGUGAUCUAAUGACUUCUUCUACCGACUCUUCCGAUGGUUUUGACUAUACCACUUCUGAUUCCGAUUCACCGCGUUGCCGUAAAAAAAUACACGGUUCAUAA